CCGACAGCCGUAGCCGUCGCCACGUGCUCCGCCCGCGCGGCCGGGGCACCCCCGCCCGCUAAUAAUCGACGCUAGGGCCACCCCGUCGCGCACCACCAGCGGCGGCAGCGGAGGCGACUCGAUUCGUUACUUACACCUGAAGGCGGCAGAGCGGAUGUCGGCGGCGGCGGCGGAGGUGAGGAUGCCGGAAGGGGAGGGGCAGAAGGGGGAGGCGGCGGCGGACGCGCGGAAGGACGGGGUCGCGCGGGAGGUCAUCCGGAUGGAGCGGGAGGCCGUCAUCCCCAUCCUCAAGCCCAAGCUCGUCACGCGCCUCGCCUACCUCAUCGAGCAUGAGGUCGAUCGAAACGAGUUCCUCAAGCUGUGCAAGAAGGUGGAGUACACCAUCCGGGCCUGGUACCUCCUCCAGUUCGAAGACCUCAUGCAACUGUACUCCCUGUUUGACCCUGUUACUGGUGGGAAGAGGCUGGAGCAGCAGAGUCUGACGCCCGAGGAAAUCGAAACCGAGUCUGACGUCCAAGCGGCGAUAGCAGCACCCAAUAGGGACGUGGCGGCGCUAGGCCAAGUGGUGGCGGCGCACACAGGAGGCCGCGACGGCAGCGUGUCAAGGCCCUGGCGGCGACGCUCCAUGGCUCGGCGGAGGACGCGCGCAGGCGGCAACGACACCAAGGGGCGGCAGCGGGCCCUAAGGGCAGGAAGAGGCGGCGGCCCCAGUUGCAGGAGGUGGCGCCCCUUGGGGCAGGCGGCGGCGGUUCGUGGGGUGGGGGUUGGACGAUCCCAACCCUAACCGCUCCCCUCCCUUCUUUUUCUACUCGGGCUGAGCCGAGCCAAUGGGCUGACAGCAGGCCGCCCUGCCCGUCGGCAGGCCGAGCCGAACGGACCGCUACCGGGCCGCCCAUGCCAAGCCAAGCCCAUCCCCCAUCUCUCCCAUGCAAAAUUGUAAUAAGGUUCCUAGAACUUUAUCUAUUUAUGUUUCAGAUUAUUCAGUUCUGCAUAUUUAUAUUUGAGGACCUA